GCUGCGCUGCGAGGUCACCGGCGCUUUCAGGCUUGCGAGUCGCUCUCACUCAGCUGCGCUCUCGCAUAUACAAGCUCCUCAUUCCCUCCAAAUUCUUCCGCCAUAUUCGACUCUGUGCGGCUGUCGUCCCAUCGGCCCACGUUCCGUGACCCAGGCCCGGCAACGGGCCAUCCAUCCGAGACCACAGCCUCUUUGCGGCUCACAUAAGGCAGCCAUACGCCGUACUCUUCUGUUCCGAUCUCCCCUUUACGCAGUAGCCGCGAGCCAUGGGACUAACAUACAACAUCUACCUCAACGGCGGCCGCAUCUACGGCUGCAAGACGUGCAAGACGCACCUCUCCAACCACGAUGACAUCCUCAGCAGGAAUUUUCGCGGCCAGCAUGGCAAGGCGUAUCUCUUCGACAGCGUGGUCAACGUCACCGAGUCUGAGCCCAACGAGCGUAACAUGACGACGGGCCGCCACAUCGUGCGCGACAUACACUGCCGACAAUGCAAGGAAACCGUGGGUUGGAAGUACGACAAGGCGUAUGAGGCCAGUGAGAAGUACAAGGAGGGGAAGUUCAUACUGGAGGCCGAACUGUUGUGUACAGUGUCCUGAGCCCAACGGCAGCGGCAUUGGGGCUUUCAAGACGCCGGUGCGACAGAUACUUUUCCGGCAUGCAUUAGACGGAGUUUAUGGGCACGGAACAAAGAUAUGGUAUUGGAGUAUUUGGAUGGGUGUUUCUAUAUUAUAUCAUGGGAUUCUGGCGCAGUAUGGCAGGGCAGAGAGGCUGCUAUGGUACGUGGACGAGUCCUCUGUUUCCCACCAUCGCAUUCUGCUCGAAUGACUGCUACAGUCUCUCCAGGCGU